AAUCAAAUCGAAUUGAGAUUUCGAUCCAGGUAUAUGGUGGCACUGAAUCGAGGAAUCGAAUUCAAAUGGAAUCGAAAUGACAUUUGGGUUUUAUUUGUGUGUGUACUCUUACGUGAAUAACUUGUUUUGUUUUUGAAUAUGGCGACGCAACGAGAAAAAAUUAUAUGUUUACAUUUUGCAAAUUAUUUUAAAUCGAUGCAAAAUAUAAUUGCUCAACGUUUGCAAUUAUAUCGAAUCCUUGUGCUAAAAAGGAGAAAUUUCUUCAUACGGAAACAAAGAAGAUUGUUUUACAAGAAUUGUCUAAGACACAAAAAACAAAUGGCAGAAAUUGUGAAGAAUUAUAUUGCUGGUAUACCACAAAAAAGGAAGCGACAAGUAUGGAUGAAAAGAAGGAGCAGACAUUGGUGGAAUAACAUCGUAAAUAGUGAAAGUUUUGACGACCAAAUGGUGGAAAACUAGGAUAGAUAAAGAUUCCUUCAAAUAUAUGUAUUUGUGACAAAGUCUCUCCAGCAAUGUCACCAUCAGAAAAUUCUGUGCGAGAGGCUCUUUCUGUAGAGAUGAAAGUAGCCAUAGCUAUAUACAAAUUGGCUUCUUGUGCGGAAUAGAGAGUUGUUGGAAAUCAGUUUGGAGUUCACAAGGCAACUGUGAAAAAUUGUGUUUACCAAUUUUGCCGAGCAAUGGUAAACACCCAACUGAACGAAGCAAUAAAACUUCCAAAUGAAGAGCAGUCAAUUGCUAUAAUCCAAGGAUUUGAAGAAAAAAGCGGGGUGCCUCAAAUUUUGGGAGCAAUCGAUGGUACUCACAUACCAGUCAAACCACCCGCGGAAGGAAUGGCAGAUUAUGUUAAUAGAAAGGGAUGGACAUCGAUGGUGUUGCAAGCAGUAGUGGAUUGCAAUUAUUUAUUUUUGGAUAUAUGUUGCAAGCAUCCAGGAUCGGUUCAUGACGCAACUGUUUUAAAAGAUUCAUAUCUGAGUAUCAACGUAAAGGACAUUCAUUUUCCCAUAAGAACAAUAGCUGGUGUAGAUAUACCAGCAUUUUUCAUCGGUUAUCCUGCCUACCCACUACUGCCCUGGCUAAUGAAAGGAUACAUUGGCACUCAGAACCCAGCAGAAGAUUCGUUCAAUGCGUACCUGAAUAAGGGUAGAAUAGUGGUUGAAAAUGCUUUCGGUCGAUUAAAAGGAAGAUGGAGAAUAUUACAAAAGCGGAUAGAUAUUGCCGUAGAAUUUGUUCCUAACAUUGUUGCCACUUGUUGUGUGCUUCAUAACAUCCUGGAGAAAAGAAGAUGUCCCUUCAGAGAAAAUUGGAACAUCGAAACGGCAACAUCAAACGAAACACUGGCGCAGCCGCAACCAGUUUCACGAAUUGGAACAUCUACUCUGGAAGGUGGCGAAAUACGCAACCAUUUGAAAAUGUAUUUGGCUGAAAAUUUUCCCAUCAUUCAAAGUAUAAAAACAAGAAAUUAAAGUUUCAAAAAAUUCAUAUA